GAAAACUUAGCAGAGCUUUAAAACCUGGUGUGAACUCACUGAGGAACAGGGUGGAGUCGUAACUGCACACAGAGGGAGGGGAUCUGAGUCCUGGGCAGUGAACGCUGUAUUUGUGAGAUACAAAAGUUCAGCUUCCACACCCGUUCCAUUUCAACAUCCCAGGGAUCAAUCUCUGCGUCCUCUUCACGUCUACAACUGAGAACCGUCAGUAUGGCUCUGGUGUCAGAGUUCCUGGGACAGCUGUCUCUCAAUGUUGGGACCGAAUGCAAGUACCCCACUGUGGUACCCGCUUUGGACUUUGACCCAGACAGAGACGCUACCAGAAUAGAGACAGCUAUCAAAACCAAAGGAGUGGAUGAGCAGACCAUCAUUGACGUCCUAACUAAGAGGACCUACGCUCAAAGGAGAGAAAUUGCUUUUGCUUAUGAAAAGAGGGCGAAGAAGGACAUGAUCACAGCUUUGAAGGGAGCACUGUCUGGCCCGCUCGAAGCAGUGAUCCUGGGACUGAUGAGGAGCCCGGCUCAGUACGAUGCCUCGGUUAUCAGAGGGUCUAUCCAGGGUUUAGGAACAGACGAAGACACUUUGAUAGAGCUUUUGUGCUCUCGCAGCAACAAGGAGCUGGUAGAGAUCAAGGCAGUCUACAAAGAGUUGUUCAAGAAAGACCUGGAGAAGGAUGUGGCUGGUGACACCUCUGGGAACUUUGCCAAGCUGCUUUUGGCUCUUGUGCAGACUAACAGAGAUGAAUCUUCCUCCAUAGUAGACUUUGAGAAGAUUGAUGCAGAUGCCAGAGCUCUUUAUGAAUCUGGAGUGAAGAUCAAAGGAACUGAUGUGAACACCUGGAUCUCCAUUAUGUCUCAGAGAAAUUUCCCCCACCUGAGAAAAGUGUUUGAAAAGUACAAGAGCUACAGUCCUUACGACAUGCAGGAGAGUAUUGUAAAGGAAGUUAAAGGAGACCUACAAAAGUCAUUCCUGGUGCUUGUUGAAUGCAUUCAAAACAAAUAUCUGUACUUUGCCAAAAGACUAAAUGAAGCCAUGAAGGGUAAAGGAGCCAAGGAGAAGAUGUUGACCAGAAUUAUCGUGUCCCGUUGCGAGGUGGACCUGAAAAAGAUCUGCUCUGAAUACAAAUCCACCUUUGGACAGUCUCUGCAGCAGGCUAUCACAGAACACACCAAGGGAGACUACCAGAAGGUACUGCUCAGCAUCUGUGGACCAGAACAAUAAAACAUUAGUCACAAGUAUUAUUUUUAGUCCCUGGAUGUUGGUACUGGAAGUAUGGGUCCAUGAGACCGAUCCUGGAACAAUUUGAUGCAAUUAAGACAUGUAGAGACGUGCAGCAUUGAAGGACAAAAGUUGAUCUUUUUAAUAUAAAUAAGUUUUGUGUUUUUCAAACCAAAACAUGAAUAAAAUGUUUUUGAAGGCUUUUCUUCACCCCAGGUUCUUAAAU